UUCAAAACAGCUGCUUCAAGCGAGAGACAACGAGUGACGGUUUGUUGAUUGAGUGUCGCAAGGCAGAAAGAUAACCUCUUUGUUAUCAAAGCACAGAUUGUGAAGUUUGGCUUUUUAAUAUAUUGGAACGAUGGACGUAGAAGGUCGUCUCAGGACAAUAAUGGACGUUUUCAGGCGAGAAUGCCAUAGAGUAUUACAGUCUGAACGAGUGACCGUUCACGGCGCUGAUAGCAUGCUGAUGGUUCUCCAGUUGGCCAUGGCAGAGGUUAAUAAACAGGGCAAUGGAGAGUUUGAAGUGUCUCUGAGUGACGUGCUGGUGGUCUGGAGGUACCUGCUGCUAGACAAACUACACCUGCUGCCUUUCGACAACUUGACUCGGCCAGAGAACUAUGACCUCAUCCUCAAAACCUACGAAUCCUUCCUGAAACGCUCCAACACCGUGGACUUGGUCGACGUGCACUCUCUGUCCGACCAGCUGAGGGUCGAACCGGGGACGAGCGAUGCCUUAAACCCGGUCGAGCUGUUUGAGUUUCUGUCUGGCAAAGGGGACGACCUCCUGCUGACGGAGCCAUCCACGCCGUCCACGCCGUCCAGUCAGCGCGGGCCCAGCCGCUCCAAAAUGCAGGCGGAGGUGAGAAGGGUUUUCCUCUCCUACUUGAGUCUUCUGGUGAACUCGAAGGACGACCUGGCCCUGGCCCACGUGCUGGACAUCCCCGGCCGCGCGCUGGGACGAGCGGCGUUCACCGACCUGAAGCACGCUGCCCGGCGCGCCAACACCUCCAUGUUCCUGGCCGUGACGUCCUUCGUGAGGGCCAUCCAGCUCGGGGGCAAGGGCUACGCGCCGGCCGAGGCCGACCCCCUGAGGAAACACGUCAAAGGCCUCUCGGACUUCGUCCAGUUUCUGGACAGCCUGGAGGAGGUCCUCGGGGAGGUCCCGGAUCCGGGCGUAUGCGGCGGCCGGCUGGUGGCCGCCAUCAGAGCGGCGCUGGUGAAGGGGCGCGGCGGCGAGGACAGGGCGUUCGCCGCCAUCGACCAGACGGCCCGCGCCCUGAAGGAGAGCAUCGGACAGCUGCACCGCGGGCAGCUGGGCGGCGACGCCAACGCCGUCGGGACGGGGAUUAGCCCGGCCAGGCCGCGGGCGCAUAAGAUCAACCACGCCACGGCGCUGGGGGGCCGCCUCACGGUGAAGACGCUCACCCUGCUGCUGGACCAGGAGGCCCUGGCCCCGCCCUGCCGCAACAAGGCGGAGCUACUGUGCGAGGGCCCGCCCUCCACGCUGGGCGGAGAUGAGGGCGGAGCUAUGCUCACGCUGUUCAGGUCUCCCGCCGUGGCCUCAGGAGACUCACCCCAACCCCUGAAGAGCAGGGUCCAGAGCCGGCAGGACCUCCUCAAACCUAAGGUCCGGCCCCCCGGCGCCCUCAGCUCCCAGUUUGCGUGCACGUACCGGGAGGAGGCGGAGCCGCCGCUGAGCCGCGUGCUGGAGUUCCCCAGCGGGAGCCAGAUCCCCUCCUGCAUCCACCCGGCCCCCCGACGGCCCCCGGUGACCCCCCGACGGCCACUGGCCUCCGGGGAGGAAGAGGAGGAGGAAGAGACCGGCCGCCGCGCUGGGGUGUCAGCGGGCCGUGCGUCAGGGCCCGUCCGAGGCCAGGAGCCCGGCGUUCCACGGCCGGGGAACGCCGGGCUCCGGCCCAUUGGGGCCCCCAACGGACGGAGUGGAACGGUCAACGGGAGCGCGUCUCUGAAGAAGGGCAGCAAGAGGAAGCAGGUCGACGCCGAGAACCAGCCCCAGGCCAAGCGGCCCGCGCCUCCCCUUGUCAAGAGCGGCCCCAAGAGCGGCCCCAAGAAGAAGCAGCUCAUCACGGGCCAGGGCACGCUGACUGGGUUCUUCAGACUGUAGUUCGCCCUGAUAAAGAGUUGUUUUAUAUGUUCGCUGACCACGUGACCUGGGGGAACGGCGUGAUUAUGUUGAGUGCGUCAGGGAGCUGUAUGUUUUAACCUGCGCCCGUUGACAGGUUGAUCUUGGCGUGGAGUAGAAAGCUCCCCCACGUGCAAACGUUCUUGUGGCGUUAUUCAUCUAUUGUGCAAUCUGAAGGUCUUCCAAUCUGUGUUUUAGAUCUCCAGUACAUCUGUUUGGAUACAGAUUAUUGGGUAAUUGCAGUCUGUCCACAGUUUUUAUGUCACUCCAAAACAUAUGUUGUGAAUAAAUCCUUGUUUUCCUCCUCAAAUGUGUUUUAUCAAUGAAGGCUCUGGAGGACUGCUUUUGUGAAACCUUCUUCGGGGUUUCCAAAAUCAAGUGUAAAUAUGUUGCAGACUUUUAUUUUAAUAAACAUUUAUUUAGUAUUA